GCCACUUCCUGUACGGCAGGAUGGAGCGCGCCGGGGCCCCGGCUGACCGCCGCCCGCCCGCCCGUGCGCGGAGGCGGCUCUGAGCGCCCCGUCCGCGGCAUGCCGCGCGCCCCGCCGCCGCUGCCCGCCUGAGCCGCGCAGCUCCGCGCCCCGCCGCGCUGUGCCGCGCUGUGCCGCGCGGGGGUCCCCGCGCCCCGCCGGCGCGUGUCUCUUUCACCCCCCCCAGCCCCACGGUUCUGGGGUUAUUUUCCCCGUUGAGGAGGCGAGCGGGAGCCCCCCGCUUUCUCCCGCAGGAAGAGGGGUGCGGGGAGAAACUUAUUUUCAACAAGUUUGGGGUUUUUAUUUUCUUAUUUUCUUUUUUAUUUUUUGUUGCCAUCCCCCUGCGUGUUGAUUAUUUUAGCCCCUCUCCCCUUUCGAUGUGCGGCUUUGGACAUGCGGAGGCUACUGCAACCGUGUUGGUGGAUCUUUUUCUUGAAAAUCACCAGCUCCGUGCUCCAUGAUGUGGUGUGCUUCCCCGCUCUGACUGAAGGUUAUGUUGGCUCGCUGCAUGAAAACAGACAUGGGAGUUCUGUGCAGAUACGGAGGCGAAAAGCUUCAGGGGAUCCUUACUGGGCAUACUCAGGUACCUAUGGUCCUGAUCACUGGGUUACUUCCAGUGAGAAGUGCAGAGGGUCUCACCAGUCUCCCAUAGACAUCAUAGACCAUCAGGCACAUGUCGGAGAUGAGUAUCAAGAGCUGCAGCUUGAUGGUUUUGACAAUGAAUCUUCGAACAAGACUUGGAUGAAAAACACAGGAAAAACGGUUGCUAUCCUGCUGAAGGACGAUUAUUUUGUCAGUGGUGCCGGGUUGCCAGGCAGAUUCAAGGCUGAGAAAGUGGAGUUUCACUGGGGUCAAAGCAACGGAUCGGCUGGCUCUGAGCACAGCAUCAAUGGCAAGAGGUUCCCCGUUGAGAUGCAGAUUUACUUCUACAAUCCUGAUGACUUUGACAGUUUUGGAACAGCAGUUCUAGAAAACAGAGUAGUAGGAGCUAUGGCCGUGUUUUUUCAAGUCAGUCAGAGGGACAAUCCAGCACUGGAUCCCAUUAUCCAUGGGUUGAAGGGCGUUGUACAUCAUGAGAAGGAGACCUUUCUGGAUCCCUUUGUGCUGAGGGACCUUCUGCCGACAUCGCUGGGGAGUUACUACCGCUACGCAGGUUCUCUGACUACUCCUCCGUGUAGCGAGAUCGUGGAGUGGAUUGUUUUUCGGAAGCCCGUUCCCAUUUCUUACCAUCAGCUGGAGGCAUUCUACUCCAUAUUCACCACCGAACAGCAAGACCACGUCAAGUCCGUGGAGUACCUGAGGAAUAACUUCCGACCGCAGCAAAAGCUGAACAACAGGAAGGUGUCUAAGUCUGCGGUGAAGGAUGCGUGGAGCCAAGAUAUGACAGACAUCUUGGAAAAUCCACUUGGCACAGAAGCUUCCAAAGCUUGCAGCACUCCCCCGGUCAACAUGAAAGUGCAGCCUGUGAACAGGACAGCGUUACUUGUAACCUGGAACCAACCAGAAACCAUCUACCACCCUCCGAUCAUGAACUACAUGAUCUCAUAUAGUUGGACUAAAAAUGAAGAUGAAAAGGAGAAGACUUUCACCAAGGACAGUGACAAGGACCUGAAGGCCAUCAUUAGCCAUGUCUCACCUGACAUCCUUUAUCUGUUCAGAGUUCAAGCAGUUUGCCGAAAUGAAAUGCGUAGUGACUUUAGCCAGACUAUGCUCUUUCAAGCUAACACUACUCGAAUUUUCGAGGGGACCAGAAUUGUGAAAACAGGAGUGCCCACAGCAUCUCCUGCCUCCUCAGCCGACAUGGCUCCCAUCAGCUCCGGCUCCUCCACCUGGACCUCCUCGGGGCUGCCCUUCUCCUUUGUGUCCAUGGCCACUGGGAUUGGUCCUUCCUCCAGUGGCAGCCAGGCCACCGUGGCCUCAGUGGUGACCAGCACCUUGCUGGCAGGCCUGGGCUUCAGCGGUGGUGGCAUCUCCUCCUUCCCCAGCAGCGUCUGGCCCACCCGGCCCCCCGCGGCGGCCGCCCCCAGCAAGCAGGCGGGACGGCCGGUGGUGGCUGUCACUGAGGCCGCCGCCGCCUCCCCGGGGCCAGAGCGGGACUCGGCGCUGACGAAGGAUGGCGAGGGAACUGAGGAGGGGGAGAAGGAUGAAAAGAGUGAAAGCGAAGACGGGGAGCGGGAGCAUGAGGAAGAGGAAGAAAAGGAUGCUGAGAAGAAGGAGAAAAACAGGGCGACAGCGGCCACGGAGGCACGCAAUAGCACAGAGCCCAACAUGGCCACGGCUUCCCCCAACCGGACUGCCGAGGAGGAAGGAAAUAAAACCAUAUCGGGUGAAGAGCCAAACCAAAAUGUUGCCCCCACGGCUGGAGGUCCGGAGGAGGAGAGCUUUGCCGAAGCCGACACUCAGCCCCAGCCGCUCCCUUCCACCCAAGUGCCACCAGCCUUCACCAAUGAACUUUACCUGGGGAAGAUCCCAAGAAGACCAGAGACAACAAGAAAACCUCCUCCAAAGGAGGACAGAUUUCCAGAGGAAUACCCCUCAGAUAACAAAUUCAUCACCAUUAACCCAGCUGACAAGAACAGCUCCAGCAUGGCCACAAGACCUUCUCCUGGUAAAAUGGAAUGGAUCAUCCCGCUUAUUGUGGUCUCAGCACUCACCUUCGUGUGCCUCAUCCUGCUCAUUGCUGUGCUUGUCUACUGGAGAAAGUGUUUUCAAACUGCCCAUUUCUAUGUGGAGGACAGCAGUUCCCCCCGUGUGGUCCCCAAUGAAAGUAUUCCCAUUAUACCUAUUCCAGAUGAUAUGGAAGCAAUUCCAGUCAAGCAGUUCGUUAAACACGUCAGUGAGCUGUAUUCUAAUAACCAGCAUGGGUUCUCAGAAGACUUUGAGGAAGUGCAGCGCUGUACAGCUGACAUGAACAUCACUGCAGAGCAUUCCAACCACCCCGACAACAAGCACAAGAACAGAUACAUCAACAUCCUAGCCUAUGAUCACAGCAGGGUGAAGCUAAGGCCUUUACCAGGAAAAGAUUCUAAGCACAGUGACUACAUUAAUGCUAAUUAUGUCGAUGGUUACAACAAAGCAAAAGCCUACAUUGCUACGCAGGGACCUUUAAAGUCUACCUUUGAAGAUUUCUGGAGGAUGAUUUGGGAACAAAACACUGGAAUCAUUGUCAUGAUCACAAACCUUGUUGAAAAAGGAAGAAGAAAAUGCGAUCAGUACUGGCCGUCAGAGAACAGCGAGGAGUAUGGCAACAUCAUCGUCACCCUGAAGAGCACAAACAUUCAUGCCUGCUACACUGUGCGCCGCUUCACGGUCAGGAACACAAAGAUGAAAAAGGGUCAGAAAGGGAACCCCAAAGGGCGGCAGAAUGAGAGGAUGGUUAUUCAGUAUCAUUACACUCAGUGGCCUGACAUGGGUGUGCCGGAGUACGCUCUGCCCGUGCUCACCUUCGUGAGGAGAUCCUCGGCAGCCAGAACCCCAGACAUGGGACCGGUGGUGGUGCACUGCAGUGCUGGUGUUGGCAGAACUGGUACCUACAUUGUGAUAGACAGUAUGCUGCAACAGAUAAAAGACAAAAGCACAGUUAAUGUCCUGGGUUUCCUGAAACAUAUCAGGACACAGCGAAACUACCUCGUCCAGACAGAGGAGCAGUACAUUUUUAUUCAUGAUGCCUUGUUGGAAGCCAUCCUCGGGAAGGAAACUGAAGUAUCUGCAAACCAGCUGCAUAGUUACGUUAACAGCAUCCUCAUACCUGGCAUAGGAGGGAAGACACGACUAGAAAAACAGUUCAAGCUGGUUACACAGUGUAAUGCAAAAUACGUGGAAUGCUUCAGUGCUCAGAAAGACUGCAACAAAGAGAAAAACAGGAACUCAUCGGUCGUGCCAUCUGAGCGUGCUAGAGUGGGCUUGGCACCGCUGCCUGGAAUGAAGGGAACAGAUUACAUUAAUGCCUCUUAUAUCAUGGGCUACUACAGGAGUAAUGAGUUCAUCAUAACCCAACAUCCACUGCCGCACACGACUAAAGACUUCUGGCGAAUGAUCUGGGAUCACAAUGCACAAAUCAUCGUCAUGCUGCCGGACAACCAGAGCCUGGCAGAAGAUGAGUUUGUGUACUGGCCAAGUCGUGAGGAAUCCAUGAACUGUGAGGCCUUUACUGUGACCCUUAUCAGCAAAGACAGACUGUGCCUCUCUAACGAAGAGCAAAUUAUCAUCCAUGACUUUAUCCUCGAAGCUACCCAGGAUGACUACGUUCUGGAAGUCCGCCACUUUCAGUGUCCUAAAUGGCCAAACCCAGAUGCUCCCAUAAGCAGUACCUUUGAACUUAUCAAUGUAAUCAAGGAAGAGGCCUUAACAAGGGAUGGCCCCACCAUAGUUCAUGAUGAGUAUGGAGCUGUGUCAGCGGGAACGCUAUGUGCCCUUACCACCCUGUCCCAGCAGCUGGAGAAUGAAAAUGCUGUCGAUGUUUUCCAGGUGGCAAAGAUGAUAAAUCUUAUGCGUCCUGGAGUAUUUACAGACAUUGAGCAGUACCAGUUUCUUUAUAAGGCAAUGCUAAGCUUGGUCAGCACUAAGGAAAAUGGAAAUGGUCCCAUGACACUGGACAAAAAUGGUGCUGUGAUGGCCAGUGAUGAAUCUGAUCCCGCAGAAAGCAUGGAGUCUCUUGUCUAAUUGGAAACCUGAAAAGGCACUUAAUUUGUAGAACUUCUGAACACUGAGUGAACUUUUUUGAGGCCUUUUUGCCAGACUCUAGGUUAUACAAUAACCCAAUUACUUUUUUACACUGAUAAAAGUUUUGAUAUUUAUUUUUUGCCAUUUUAUGUCUUAAUGGUAUCCUACUGAGCAUUUGCACCUCUGUUUAUUUCACACAGUGAAACGCAAUUUUAUCUAGUUUGCACUAUAUGAUCAGUGUUACUGCCUAUAAUAUUCAAAUACAAGACAAGCCCUGAUGUGACAUUCCAUGACAACAAACAUACGCUUUUUCUGUUUUGUUUAAAUGCAGUGAAGUUUUGCUAACUACAGUGACCCUCGAAUCUUAAAUCUUGAAUGCUAGGCCAGAUGGAUUAUUUCUACGACAGAUACUGUACCCCUUCAUACCAUAUUUAUUAUUUUAAUGAUCACGUCACAGUUUAGGUAAUGGUAUUCUGCAUUCCAGUGGAGUGGAUGAGCAGCAUUCAUCCUUUCUUGACAAAACAUGGCAGGUGAUUAUUAGGUACAGUGAAGGUGUAAUAGCCUUGUGGAGCUGAAACAAUUAUUUCUGUAUUGUUUCAAAUUGCUGUUUCGUACACUUAGAAGGCUAAGACUUGCCUCACACGGAAUAUAUAAAUUACAUACAAUCUGAUUAUAAAUUAGAUGCAACCCAUAUGUGGGAUGCAGCGAUAGGUUUUGAAUUUACAGUUUCAAAGUUUCCCCACGUAUUCAGAAAAAUGUUGAUUUUAGUUUUUCACCAGCCCUAUGAUGGGAAAGUAUUUUGGUUUUACUCUCACCAGAGCCAAUACAGUGAGAAACCUACUACAACCCCAAAUCAGACCUGUUUUCAGAUAUAUUGAAGGUAGCAAUAUUUUACAUUACUAAGCUAUUCAAUAUUUUAAACGCAUUAAUUUCCUUACUAUUUCUUGAAUAUGACCUCACACCUAAUGGUAUGUUACAUGAUGACAGGCGUUUCUUAAUUUCAUAAUUGUUAGAUGCCAUUUUUAUACAGGUGUGUAAUUUUCAUACUUUAGUGCUAAAACAUAAAGUACUGAUCCAUAUUUACUGGUGAAGCAAACUAAUAAAAAAACUACCUAUAAAGUUA